AUGGAUAAUUAUCUUCAAUUGUUGAAUGUUAAUCCUUUUUUUGAAACCUUUACCUUAGCACAAGCUUGUUUAACUACAUACCGUAAACAUUUUUUAAAAGAAAAAACCUUAGGUAUAGUUCCAAUUAACAAUUAUCGUAAAAAGAAUAAUCAAUCUUGCAUUGGAUUAAUGUGGCUUGAAUUUAAAAACCAGGCCAGCUGUGGUAAAAUUCAAUAUGAAUAUGUUUUACCAGACUGUGGAUUACAAGUAGACGGUUUUAAUCAAGAUACUAACACUGUUUAUGAAUUUUUAGGAUGCUUUUAUCAUGGGUGCGAAGACUGUUUUUUCAACAGGGACUUCGUUGUUUAUGGAUUUAAAAUGCAAACUAAGUUUGAAAAUACUAUGUACAAAAUAAAUUUUUUAAAACAAAAAGGAUAUGUUGUAUGUUAUGAGUGGGAAUUUAUAUUUACCCCGAUUAAUGCUCGAGAUGCUAUUUUUGGAGGUCGUCAUCCAAAAAUUUAUAAUUUUCACGAAUGUAAUCAAUUCAAAAAUGAUAUUAGUAAAAUAGAUGGUUUAUUUAAAUGUUCUGUUUUACCACCACAAAAUUUAUGGCUUCCAAUACUACCAAUUCGCGCUAAUAACAAAAUGUUAAUGGUUUUAUGCCGCACAUGCGCGGAAAGGGAAAAUGUUGUAUCCAAAUGUACUCACAAUGAUACAGAGAGGAUGCUUUUUGGCACUUGGACAGAUAUGGAAUUAAAAUUAAGUGUGAAAUAUGGAUACAAAAUAGUAGAAAUACAUGAAUUUUGGCAUUAUGAUUGUGAAACUUAUGAUCCGAUAUAUAAAACAGGUGGACUUUUUACUGACUACAUGAACUAUUUCAUAAAAUACAAGACUGAAGGUUCGGGUUAUCCAACUGGUAUACAAACUGAAUCUGAACAAGAUGCAUAUAUAAAAAAUUUUUUUGAUAAAGAAGGCAUAAUGUUAGAUCAAUCCAAAAUUUCUCUAAAUCCUUCACUACGAAAUCUGGCAAAACUAAAGUUGAAUUCAUUUUGGGGAAAAUUAAUACAACGAAAUGAUCGUCAUAUAACGACUGUUGUACAAAACAUAACACAAUUUCAUAACUUGAUUCAUUCAAAUGGUGUGUCAAUAAUGGAUAUAUUAGUUGCAAGCAAGCAUCAGAUUUGGAUUAGUUGGAAAUACAAUUUUCCUGAAAUGAAUCCUGUUCUUAAAAAUCAAUCUUUAAUAAUUGGAGCUUUUACUACGGCGCAUGCUAGAUGUCUACUUUAUAAUGAAAUUAGCAAAAUUGGUAAAAAUCUUUUGUAUUGCGAUACGGAUUCUAUGAUUUUUGUUCAGCAAACUGAGAAUGAAUAUGAUUUAAAGAUAGGUACUUUAAUUGGAGAUUUAACUAACGAACUUGCAUCAUAUGGAAAAAAUGUUUACGGUACAGAAUUUGUAUCAACAGGUCCCAAAAGUUAUUCGUAUCGUUACUAUAAUCCUGAUACAGAUAAGUUUGGAGAAGUUGUUAAGUGUAAAGGAAUAACAAGCACUAAAAGUGAAACAUCUUUGAAUUUUGAACACAUGAAGGAAAUUGUUACCGACCCUUUUGGAUGCAGUAAUUUGUAUUUCACAACAGUUAAUAAAAUUAAACGCCAAAAGCAUUUUCAAGUAACAUCAGAAGAUGAAAAAAAAAAUUUGGAUUUACAUUUACAAAACGAGUGUGUCGUAGCAACUUUGAAACAAUUCCUUACGGAUUUUUAA